ACCUAAAGCCUCACUCCUUUUCUCCCACCUUUCCUUUUUGCUUUUCUUCACUACAACCCCUUCUUCAUUUACCACAUAUUAUAUAUAACAUUUGACACUCAACCUUGAUUUCUUCAUCAUUAGGAAAUGGCCUCCUUUUGCUUUCUCUUACUACCCAUCAUGAUCAUGUAUUUCAUUGCUUCAUCACCUUUGCCAUCUUUAGCUUCUAGGCUGAGUUCAGAUACACCAACGAUAUCAGCAUCACCAGUAUCAGUGUCGGAUCCUCCAUUGUCCCCUUUCCAACCAUUAUCACCUGAUAUUGCUCCUUUGUUGCCAUCUCCUGGUGGAGUGGUGCCUACUACUGGCUCAUCUAUGCCAACAAUCCCUUCCACCCCAAGUCCCCCUAACCCCGACGACUUCAUCGCCCCCGGUCCAACCUCCGCGUUCCCACCGUUCGGACCAUUGCCGGUUUCUUCUUCAUCUCCAAUAUUUUUGCUUUCGUCUCUACACUUGACAACUUUUUCGGUUCUGGUAGUACCUUACUGCUUACUGCACCUACUGUAAAUUCAUUUGUUGAUUGUAAUACUUUACUCUUUAAUUUGCUCAUCUUCCUUCAUUUAUUAUUAUUUUUUGUUUCAACUGCCAUGGUGCAUCAUUAUUAUGUAUCUAGCUAGCUACUGUAAUAAAAUCUGAACUACAUUGUAUGAUUGAGAAUCA